CCAUCUUGUGGAGUUUAGAGCGGCAGCAGCAGCAGCUACCUGGCCGUUAGCUUGUUUCUGCUGUUCUGUCAGUUGCCUAAAGUGGCGAGAGGCCACACUUCACUGAGACGGACGUUUUUGCUGUCGUAUCGGGGAAUUAUGCCAUGUUUUCGGAUUUGUUUACACCAUGAGGUUGACACCGAGAAAGGAAAAAUAGCUAGCACUAGCUCCCUUAGCUAGUUGGCGAGGGCAAGCUGUGCAGUCGCGGGGAAGAGUGCUCUUGACACCGGGCACGCCUCAGACUAAACUACCGCUGGAAACUGGCGAAUACCAACUUUGACAAGGGCUUAUUUGAAACUCCGUCGCCGGGACACGGGGGAGGCCGGUGGUGGACAGUGAUAUCCACCGGCGUGUUGAGACUGUUCGGUGAGUUUGGCCGCUGUUUGUCACACUUUUCUCCGGCUACAGAGAGAAGCAGAGGAGCGGUAUGGAAAUGUCUCGCUACUGUCAUAUCAUGCUGUGAAUUCUGUCGCUAGACACAUUGUCAAGCACUUCGUUUCGUCUCAUCAGAAUAGAAGCCGACGGUCAAAAUGUCGAAAAUGCCAGCAAAAAAGAAGAGUUGUUUUCAGAUUACGAGUGUGACGCAAGCUCAGGUGGCGGCCAGCAGCAUCACUGACGACACCGAGAGUCUAGACGAUCCGGACGAGUCCCGGACAGAGGACAUGUCGUCGGAAAUAUUUGACGUUUCCCGUGCCGACCUGGGUGUGUGUGACAGGAGCUCAUCCGAGGAAACCUUAAACAACGUCGGGGAGCCUCAGGAGGGUCAGCUGGCUCCUGUCAAUGGAGGUGUUUCAGUGAAAAGAUCUGGUCUGAACACGCCCCAUAAUUUAGGAGGAAGCGCGAUUGUGCCAGCUGCAGCUCAACCUGUUGGUCCCAACUUGGCUGCCAAUGUGUCAAGCAGCGUGGCUCACACUGCUCCUGCUACCACCAGUUUUACUUCUCGUUUCAGGGUCAUUAAACUUGACCACGGCACUGGAGAGCCCUUCAGAAGAGGCAGAUGGACUUGCACCGAGUUCUAUGACAGAGAUACAGAAGGAUUGAAUGUUAGUCGGGCUGUAGAUAGCAUAAAGCCAGCUGUAAACCUUGAUCACAGUACAGACAGGGACAGUGGGCUAGGAGCCACUGUGGCCGCAUCCAGUGCCUUUUCUGCACCAGCUGUGGAGAAUGCUGCAGAAAGUGGCUUCUCACACCUCAUCCAUCAUUCUGAGCACCUGCAGCAAGGUUACAGCUUGGCCCCUCAGAUAGGGAGUGGAGCAAGUGCCUUCCACCCCACAGAGUAUACAACUAAACAGUCGCAGCAACUGCCACAGGUUCAAGUUAAUAUACCACCUGCUGCUUCCCAAACCUUUCUCCCUAGUGGCCUCAAUGACGUGCACCAAGGUGCCGUACAGCAGAAAUCUCCUGUUAUGCCUACUGCCACACAGGGGCAGCAGUUUGCCUAUUCUUCUCAUCCCACUGGCCUCUCCUCUGGACUUUUGGACUAUCGUCAGCAGCACAUUGCAGCCCUGCAGCCCCAAGGCUCAAGCACUCAAAAUGUCCCCCUACCUGCUGGAUCUUCAACCAGUCAGGGACACUCCCCUAUGAUCACCCCAGCUGGUCCAGGAUCCAAUAAUCUGGGUAUGGCAGCCCACAGUGGGGAGGCAGCCACAGCACAAGGCCUCCAGUUGCAAGCAGGCAAUGCACCAGUCCCAGGAAUCGGCCUCCAGCAGCCAGUCAACCAGACUCAGCCUUCAGGAGGGGUAGGCAUUGCUCCUGCUACUUCCAUAAUCACCACCACCAGCUCUCACAGCGGUAUCCAUAAUGUGCCUACCACAGUGCCCAGUACCACCAACACUCUCCUUGGCCUGUCAAGCCAGAUUCCUGUCACAGGGGGACUUGUUCAAGCCCAAGGAGCUCAUGGUGGAACCACUAUAGGCCUUCCAUCCACCUUUGGUAACCAGAUUGAUGAUAGCAGACAGAAGCCUGAAGUCCUACCUCAGCCCAGUACUGGCAUUGUGCUAGGUAAAGAUGGUAUGAAGCCUUUGAUCACUGAAGGCUUGAAUCUGGCCCCUCCUGCUGUCAACAGCUUGUUUGGAAUCGCUAUUAACAUGGAUGGAGAUGAGGACAGGAACCCAACUACUGCUUUCUACCAAGCUUUCCGGCCAAGCAGAUUACGAGGUUCAAAGCCUGUCAACGAUAGUGCAUCCGGUGCAAGUGUUGUUGCCAUCGAUAACAAGAUUGAACAAGCAAUGGAUUUGGUGAAGAGCCAUCUGAUGUAUGCUGUGCGCGAGGAGGUGGAGGUGUUGAAAGAGCAAAUCAAGGAGCUGUAUGAGAGGAACUCUGUGUUGGAGCGUGAGAACGCCGUGCUCAAGUCUUUGGCUAACUCGGAGCAGCUCAGCCAGCUGUCCAGCCAGCUCAGUCAGGCCAGCAGCAGUUCGUCACCACAGCAGCACCCGUCCACCACAAACAACAACACAAACAUCACCUCCGUUCACCUUGAGGGGGGCCAGAGCACCCACCAACAACCCAACACCACCUCUGCGUGAUUCCCUUCCUCCUCGACACACACUUCUCACAGGCAGGGGUGGAACAGACAAAUACGACGACCGUCCCCUUGAAAGGCUCAGCACUGCAUUGUUUUUAAUGCUCUGUUUAACAAAACUACAGCAACAUCCAUAUUUGCUGCCAAG